UUUGUUUGGGACCAUAACAGAAAAUUCAGUGACGCUUCUCCGAAACUUCCUCGAUUCCGUAUUAUUUUCACCUUUUCCUUUUGCUCCUUCUACCUUUUCCUUCUAUUUUCGUCACAUCCUGUUUGGCUGCUUACAAAACCAACCAACAAUCACACCAACUCAACUGUACUACAUUUUUUCGCUUUUCAUUACUAUUAUUUUUCAGUCAAAUUUAUAACUUAAAACCUACACACAACAUUUUUGCUAGCUUUUGGAACCAAACAAACAAGGAAUUAGCAGAAUGCACGGAAGGUACGUUGAUCAUCAUGUAGCUAGGGCGGAGAAGAGAAGUUUGGAUUCCACUUCUGCUGAAGAUGGUCAGCCUGAUCGGAAACGACCUGCUUUGGCUAGUGUGAUUGUUGAAGCCUUGAAGGUGGAUAGUAUGCAGAAACUGUGUUCAUCACUGGAGCCUAUUCUACGCAGAGUUGUUAGUGAAGAAGUGGAGCGUGCUUUGGCAAAACUAGGUCCCACCAAGCUUAAUGGGAGGUCUUCUCCAAAACGCAUAGAAGGCCCUGAUGACAAUAAUUUACAAUUGCACUUCAAGACCAGACUAUCCCUUCCCCUUUUUACUGGCGGGAAAGUAGAGGGUGAGCAAGGGGCAGCCAUACAUAUUGUUUUGGUUGAUGCAAACACAGGCCAUAUUGUCACGUCAGGCCCAGAGUCAUGUGCCAAACUAGAUGUAUUUGUUCUUGAGGGGGAUUUCAAUAAUGAGGACGAUGAAAAUUGGAGUGAAGAAGAGUUUGAGAGUCAUAUUGUGAAAGAACGUGAAGGAAAAAGGCCUCUUCUGUCUGGCGAUCUGCAAGUCAUAUUAAAGGAUGGUGUAGGAACACUGGGGGAGAUCUCAUUUACUGACAACUCUAGUUGGAUAAGGAGUAGGAAGUUCAGAUUGGGGCUGAAAGUUUCCUCAGGUUUUUGUGAUGGAAUGCGUAUUCGUGAAGCCAAAUCAGAAGCUUUCACUGUUAAGGAUCAUCGUGGAGAACUAUACAAGAAACACUACCCACCGGCCUUGCAUGAUGAGGUUUGGAGACUGGAGAAGAUUGGUAAGGAUGGUUCCUUUCACAAAAGGCUAAAUAAAGCAGGAGUAUUUAAUGUUGAAGACUUCCUAAGACUUGUUAUCAGAGACCCUCAGAGAUUGCGUAAUAUUCUUGGGAGCGGCAUGUCAAAUAAGAUGUGGGAUAUCCUUGUUGAGCAUGCGAAGACUUGUGUUCUCAGUGGAAAACUUUAUGUAUAUUAUCCGGAGGAUGCAAGAAACGUGGGUGUUGUUUUCAAUCACAUUUAUGAAUUGAGUGGCUUAAUUGCCAACGACCAGUAUCACACAGCUGAUUCUCUCUCUGAGAGUCAAAAGGUUUAUGUAGACACGUUGGUGAAGAAAGCAUAUGAUAAUUGGAUGCACGUUAUUGAAUAUGAUGGGAAGUCUCUGCUAAAUUACAAUCAGGAUAAAAAUUUGGAACCUGCUCAUCCUCAGGCUCUCAUGGGUUCCCAUGAGUAUUCAAACUUAAUACAGCAGACUUCUAUCCAUAGUUUGCCACAUCCGGUAAAUACAGGCCAACCUUCAAUGGAUACAGGAGCAACAGUUGGAGGUUAUCAUGAUGGCACAACUACCAGCUUCUCCAUGCAAUCACAGAAUACUAAUCUUAAUUCUUCUAUCCAAUUUGAUGAUAACGCAUUUUCACUACAAAGCCAGCUGAUGAGUGUUCCCCACCAAGCUCAACUUCAAAGAAGUGAAAAUGGAAUGAUGCUUGGUAUGCCACAAACAGUCACACACGGGUUCCAGACUGCCAGCAUUUCGAAUUCUACUUACAGAGUUGAAGAUUUCUUCCCAGAGGAAGAAAUACGUAUUAGAAGUCAUGAGAUGCUAGAAAAUGAAGAUAUGCAGCAGUUGCUCCGUAUGUUUAACAUGGGUAGCCAUGCACAUGCUUCUUUCAAUGCCCACGAAGAUGGGUACCCUAAUCCAUCUGCAUACAUGCCUGCAAAUAACAUGAGCUACAAUUUUGACGACGAGCCAAAAAGUUCCUCAGGCAAAGCUGUUGUGGGCUGGCUCAAGCUUAAGGCAGCUUUGAGAUGGGGUAUUUUUGUUAGGAAGAAGGCUGCUGACAGACGGGCUCAACUCAUUGAAUUAGAUGACUCUUAAAGAUCCUAGAGGAAUUGCUAAUCUGUUAUGAUCUGUAACGGUUGAAAGAUCAAGGAAUACUUGGACUAUCAAAGAACAGGAAAUUUGAGGAGUAAGCAGUUCACUAAGCGAGUCAUGGCAAAUCAAGUCAGCGAAUGGAAGGGAAAAGGGGUAAGCAUCACCACUAAGCAUUCCAUGGCAAAUCAAGUCAGCAAAUGAAAGGAAAACAGGGCACGCUUAUUCGUUAAACAAGCUAUAAGUGAAGUCAAAGCGAAGCUAUUAUGAGAAAAGUUUAUUUAUUGGGAGAAAAGAUUACUCCGUUUUUUGUCCAUAACUCAAGAGAACCAGUUUGUUUAUUUAUGGUUAUAAAAAGAAAAUGAGUUUCCAUACCAGUCUCCCAAAUUAUCCAAUAUCAGCCAAAAUGCCCUCGCUGAUUUUCUGCCUAACAGCUCUGUGGUGCAGAUGUGUAAGUUAAGUGACAUUGUAGUUUGUCUAUGUGGAUGCCACAGUAAAAAUAUAUUUGAAACCGAAUGGCUAUAUAUUUUUAAGGAUUUAGGAGGAAAUUUGGGUGGUGCAAU